CAAUUUGUACAGGAAAGCAUUGCAUUUGUUGCUGUUCAGUCAAACACUCAAAAAGUCUCAUUUUCCUAUCCCGAAUUUCUUUCUAAACACGCAAAAAUGGAUUCCCGUAGCCUUCAUUUAGCUGUAGAUUAUGUUGGCACAAGUGGUAUUGUUCUGAACCCUGAGCAAAAGGCGGCUUUACAGAAUUCUUUGGUGAUUCUAAAAAGUGAAAACAAGUUUGAGAGAGUCUUUUUCUGGGGGAAAAUUUUGGGCAUCAAAGAUGAGUACUUUGUUGCCCAAGGUGUAGGAAAAGAUGAAAUGGCAGAGAGAAAAACUUUCUACAGCAAGGAUGGUGUCCGCUGGGGUCUUCUCCCACCAGCCACAGAGGCAAUGAAGGAGCAAGCAAGAUUAGUCAAAGGUCGAUUCACUGGUGACCCAUCAUUUGAGUAUGAACACACAGAGAUCAAGAAGAUUCCUGGAGAAGGUGAUGAGAUUGUGGAGGAGGAGGAAACGAUAACAGUGAAAGAAGAAGACAGACUAGCUGCCAUGAUAGCUGAGAUUAUGGAAGAUGUAUACAUUGUGCCCAGAGCAGCUUACACCAAAACUCCAGUUGGGGAAAUUUUUAACAACAGAAGUUUUGAAGGUUUAAAUGUUGCCGAUGCUGCAAAGUUCUCUUCUUAUUUCCAUUUCCGUGAACCGAUCAACCUGCCACAAAAGUCACUGCUGCAGAGAGCUGACCUUGACAAAGCCAUUGACUUCAUGGACCCCGUAGAGGAGGAUGUACCAAAAGGAUCGUGGAGUCUACAAUUUGAGAGAGGCAGUGGACUGGUGACACUUAGGAGUCUGUUGUGGCAAGGGUACAUCUUCUACCAUGUGCCAGGAACCAGAGAAUUUGGCUCCAUCUACGUAGGCUAUGGAGAGAAGAAUAAAGAUCUGCCGUUUAUGUUAUAGACAAAAGACUGAUAAACAAUAAGAAUUGACAUUGGUAUGGAAAUAUUUGAAAAGCAGAUGUCAAAAUAAAAAGUGACAUUUUUUAUGAAAUCAUCUCUAAAUUAAAAUUGUGGUGAAAAUUCUUAUUUCUUGCUCUAAGUAUCAACAAGACCAAGUAAGGAGAAGCGCAAGGGAAAUAUCUUUGUUUUGCUUGUGGAUUACAUGCCUCAUCCAAGGUAAGCAUUGGAUGAUGCAGUGCCAGUAAAACUCAUCUGUAGUUAGCUGCCCAAGUGCACCAUCCACACAGUCCAUCUGAGAUUUAUAACUUAGGAAGGAGUUAGUAUUGACAAAAUCUAGCAAAAAUUACUGCAGAGGCCAGUAAACUAGGGUAUUUCGUUUCAACUGCAGUUCUGAGUCUGCUGGGAUCUGCUGUGAAACGCUGAUCUUGUUCUACUACGCUGCUGUCUUUGUGUAACAUCCAACUGUCGGGAAAUGAAUCCAAUUGUUUACAGAUUAUGUUUUCUUCAUGACACCGAAAAUCGAAAAUCUUUUUUGAUUGCAGAAAUAUUUAAUUUUAUCCAUUGUGUGUAUAUAAACUUGUAUUUUCUUCUCCAUUGAGGACAGAGGAAAGUACAGGUAUUUUAAAAAAGAAUGCAAUUGACUUAUUUAUACUGUAACUUCAUUAUUUUGUACAUAAAAUCCUACUAAAUAA